AUUUUAAAAGUAGUCGUACCAUACCGUAAACGUACGAGAACAAAUCGAUUAAGUUUUGGCAUAAAAUUCUCAAACUUGGCAGCAUUUGUUAGCAGCCCUGUUUCUAGACGAAAAUAAAGUGUUUCCCUAAACUAUCUACAAAAUUUGAAAGGUAAAAUCUAAAAUAACUAGCAGUUUAGUAAUUUUAAAAUGAAAUAUAUAAAUUGCGAGGUUGACGUGAGAGCUUUAGUUACAACUCCCGGAUGAUAUAUUUACAUUAAUAACUUCUACAAUGUCUUCCAACGGCGAAGCUUGUAUAAUAUGUAAUGUAGCAUGGGUUCCAGAUACAGAUUACAUCGAAAUAUUCGGUGCUGAUUCCAAUAGAGAAUCAGAUCUUCACGUAGCAUCACUAGUUUUCAAAUUACUGGACAAAGAAAUAAAAGAGGAACCAAACGGUCCACAACUAAUAUGUAAAAAAUGUUUUUCACUUAUUUCUGAACUUGAUGAAUUGCACACAAGGGUAACGGAAAUCAAAAGUGAAAUAUUUGAUAGCAACAAAAUAAAAGAAGAAAAUGAUUCACAAGAAACUCAAUCGGAAUGCGGGACUGAAAAUUUUCCCCAAAAAAUGUUAUUUAUACCAUCAUCUGAUGAAGAUUCAACACAGGUUUCCACAGAAAAAAAUUGUUUUGAAAAUAUCCAAUUGGAAUUUGUUAAAAUGCAUGGUAUUGAUUUAGAAACAGGUAUAGAACAACCAAGAGAAAAUACUGAUAUGGAAAUUGAUACAAACAUAGAAUAUCAACAAUUUUCAGCAGACGAAGGCGAGAUUUUAGAUGCAGGGGCAAUGGAGAAUUCUUCAGAUUCUGAUUAUGAACCAUCAAAUAUCUCUUCCUCACUUAUACAGUCUUCUCUGAUGGGAGUUGAUAAAGAGAUAACAUUAAAGUUAGAGGAUUCUGAUGUAACAAUGAAAACAUCAGGCAAUUCAGAUAAGAAACCAAUUAUAUUAAGAAAGAAAAUGUCAACGAUGCCUUUAGAAAUAAAGCUCGAAGAAAAAAAAUCAGAAACAACGAUUGCUCUACCAGUAGUAUCUAAAGAUGGCGACUUAUAUACUUGUCUAUUAUGCCAAGGAGAUCAGACAGUAGCUGGAGAAUCCAAAGCCAUUGUAAUACACGUUAAAGAAGCACAUGGUGUUCGUUUGUACAUAUGUGACGUUUGCGGUCAAGAUUUUUCAAAAAGAAACGAACUCUCUGCACAUUUCGACGAACAUGUCGCUUCCGAAGAAGGAGAUUUCCAAUGUGAAAUUUGUAACAGAAUUUUCAGUAAUUUGAGAUUGUUUCGCAUCCAUAAAAGAAUGCACUAUCCGCAAACAAAAGCUUGGGUAUGCGAGACAUGUGGGAAAAAGUAUAGCAGCAAAAAUCUCCUAGAAGAACAUGUCAAUACACAUUUAGGUGUCCGUCCUUACAUAUGCGAAGUAUGCGGUAAGGAUUUUGCUAGCAAAUACACUUACAAAGCUCAUGAAAAAACCCAUGAAUUUAGACCACGACCUUAUAAAUGUUCUCAGUGUGACAAAUCCUUUCUUAGUCAACAAAAUCUCACACAACAUGAACGAACUCAUCUUGGAAUGAAGGAAUAUGCAUGUCAAUUAUGUGGUAAACAAUUUGGUUCAUCCCAUAAUCUAGAAGUACAUUCCAUAGUUCAUACAGGAUAUAAACCAUUCGUUUGUGGUUUAUGCGGAAAGGCGUUUGCAAGGAAAGCGGAAAUAAGAGAUCAUGAAAGGACUCACACUGGUGAAAGACCUUACCAAUGUGAAUUUUGUGGUGCGACUUUUAGUCAAAGAUCAAAUUUACAAUCUCAUAAAAGAGCAACUCAUUACGAUGAUAAAAGAUAUCAAUGUACAAUUUGCAGUAAAGGAUUUAAAAGGAGACGACUUUUAGAUUACCAUAUCAAAGCAGCUCACACAGGAGAAAGACCAUUUAAAUGCGAAAUUUGUGAAGCAACUUUUGUUUAUCCAGAACAUUUUAAAAAACAUCGUAGAAUUCAUACAGGGGAAAAGCCUUUCCUUUGUGAAGUGUGCGGUAAAGCGUUCAAUAGCAGAGACAAUCGCAAUGCUCACAGGUUCAUUCAUUCAGAUAAAAAACCAUAUGAAUGUUUGGUAUGUGGUGCUGGAUUUAUGAGGAAACCGUUACUGUAUCAGCAUAUGCAGAAUCAAGGACACUUGAAUGAUACAAUUGUAGUUAAUCAACCUAGACUCACAACUGAAGAUGAUCAAUUAGUAACUGUGAACUCAGCAGGAGAAAUGGAAAUUUUGGACACUGCUACCGAUGGAAAAUUGUACAUCCAAGACCAAGACGGUACUGAGCAUAUAAUAAUAGACGGACAACAAAUUAGUUUUGCUGAAGUUGGUAGUGAAGGAGAUAACGAAGAAGCCAUAGAGCAAAUCGAACAUGUAAUUGCUGAUCAAACUGAUGAUGAUUGUGAAGAAAUAAUCUCAAGCGACGCAUUAGCUAGUGGGGAAACCCAAAUCAUCGAGACUCCAGAUGGUCCUAUCCAAUUAGUUAAAGUAAGAAUUCCCAAUGAAAAUGGAGAAGAGGAAGAGGCAUGGAUUAAAAUAGUUCCCGAAUAGAUAGUAGGCAUUAUGAUAUUAAUUAAUAUUUUUUUUUUAGUUAAUAUUGAAAAUGUUUGAAUAAACAUGUUGUACAGUAAAUAAAUUGAUUUAUUAAAAA